AUGGAGUUAUUCAGCAUGGUGUGGAGAGAGUUCAGAGCGAUUUUCAGACAACAAGAGCAGAUGAGAACGUUUCCUGCGUACGAUGGCACGGAGGUCAAGCAGAGCCAGUGGGGGAGGAAGACUGCGGGUUUGGCUCUGAAGAAGGAGGCCAGCUGGCCCCCCUUCAUUCAGGUGAAACCUAGACGGGAUCCGUGGCAGCAGAAGCUUGUCACAAAGCUGCAGGAAAAGAAAUGUGUUGAUGAGCUGCUGAAGAUGCACAGCAGGUUUCUUCAGGUCCCUGAUCUGCUCCACGUGGCCUCGGCUAUAAAACGACAUGCUGCUCAUGUUGCCGACUCGCAGUCUGCACCGAACUCCUCGGUGUCACGCGGCAGUAAGACAAACCGACAGAAGAUCUCCGAGAUCUGGACGAGCAUUUACGGCGCUGCCACUCUCACUCAGGCAUGUAUCAUCCAGUUUUCUGCUUAG